GUUGUAUUCGGCAUCCGCUUGAAUGGUAGCUUUUUAGAUAUGGUGUAUAUUCUUUGUGAUUAUAUGAAAAGACCUCGAAGGAUCUCAUACGUCAUGUGUUUUGUCUAGUCAACUUCUUACAAAGCAUAUUUUGUUGUUAUCCUAUUUACAGACACAUGUGCUGUUGAUUAAGCCUCUUAUACUUCGAAAACGCUAAUGUAUCAACAAACUAUCAUGAAUAUUCAAAGUGUUAAUGUCCAAAGAAUAAUAUUUUUAAUUUUCUUUUUAAUAUUUCUUAGCCUUUGCCUUCUUAGUCUUAAUGGAUAUAUUGUGAUAAAAAAUGUCUGGUUUAUAUUCACUCCCCUAUGGAUAUGGAAUAUUUUGGUGUUUACAAGUUUAAUUUCAUUGUCCAUUAUAAAAUGCGCUAGGCUAACCAAGUUCUUUGUGUUUUAUUGUAUUUACCAAGUACAUAUAUUUUUGUUUCAAAUGUUCAUCUGUCUUAAACUGGAGAGUAAUACCUUUCCGUGGUGCGUAGUCUUAAUUCCAGUGUUUGGAUUGUGUCUAUUAGGAUUCUUGACUGUUACUAAAGAUUUUCGUAGAUUAAAUGUCUACGAGUUGGAAGUAUUUCUCUCUUUAAAUUUACCUUGUAUUAUUUUGAUUGGUUUACGCUUAGAUAAUUGUAUUCAUUGGAGUUGGGCUGUAAUAUUAAUACCAUUUUGGAUAACAAUGGCAUUUCUGGUAGUGCAGUUAUUACAUGGUUUGUUUUUAGUUGCUAUAUUGUGUGGAUCAAACCAUUUCGAACAGAAAGAUCGUAAUCAGACUAUUAUUAGAAUAACUGGGUAUUCUUCUGUCGCAUUUUCAUUUCUAAUAUUUUCUAUCUUCCUAGUUUGUAAGCUGGAUAAAAUUCACUCGUUUACAUAUGUAGAAAUCUUCUCCCCUCUUAUUAUUUCUGUCAUAUUAAUGCUGAUUCUUACAGUUUUCACCGAGUAUCCGAACAGUAUAAUCUUUGAGGCUCUACAUACUUUACAUGGCGAAAACUCUUCACCAGGAUAUUUCUCAGGAACACAGUAAGUUAAAUGCUUUUUUUCUUAAAUAUUUGAUAACGUGAUUGGAGUAAAUAUUCAGCAAUUGAUAUAUCAAAGGAAAUAAGUUGUUAACUAAUUAUCAGACUUCAAUAAAGCAAGUACAAGUGUAUAUCUGUUAUUGUCUUGGAUUUCUUUGGCCAGAAAGUUUAUGGUUUAUUGCUGAGUAAUAUAUAUAUAUAUAUAUAUAUAUUACGUAUGAUGAACUCUUUCUACUGAAUGUAAUUUUCUGUUACCAUAAUAAUACUAAUUGUAAAUAGCGAGACAGGCAUAUUUUCACUUCAUGAAGUUUAUAUACAGUAUAUUUAUUAAAAAUAAUGCAGCCCUGUUUAUCAAAGGCAUCAACUUGAUUUCUGCAACAGGUGCAUUUCCUAUUAUUAGUAAUGUGAGACAUUUUCUUCAAAUAUGGAAGUACAGUAUAUUCAAGAAUAAUAAAUUCUGAGGGGUUUAAUAUGCGAUUAGUAAUUUCAUUAGUAAUUAAGAAUUCAAAAGCUAUUAUUGGGUUAUAUAUAAUGACUUUAAGUUAUUGUAAAGCCAAAACAGUAUAGAAUUUCUUAUAGCAGUUCACUGAUUCAGUAACAUUUCAAAAAAUGGAAGUACACAGAAAUUAACAGAAAUUUCAUACAUUUAUUUCUCUUAAUGAAUUUGAACAAAGCGAUAACUAAAACUGUAGUAAGAAAACAGAAAGUAAAACGUCGAUGCAAGUGACAAUAGUAAAUAAAGACAUAAGCAGUUUGUACAUUCUUGACUGUGGGUCGAUAAAAAUUCACGAAGAACUUAUUUACAUGCAACCUUCUUUUCGAGAAAAUUCUAAAUCUAGUAACUACGUUAAGAAUUUCUGUGGAAUAAAAUAAUUAGUGAGAGUAUAAUGGAUUAGGCACUUAAGUAAUACUUUAUUUUUCGUAUUAGGUGAAACCAGGAUUUACAGUUUAAAGAUGAUUAAAAAAUAGUAAAUUUUUGGCCCAAAUUAAUCCUUCGAAUUUAUAUUACAGUAAAAUUUCAGUCUUGCUUUGAAUAAAUGAACAAAAGCUGCUAAUAUUAGGUGUUUUGGUAGAUAAUCCCACUGGUUUAUUUAUAGACGUACACGAUUUGACUGUAGUAUCUGAACUUUAAUGUUCUGUCCUCUAUAGGACAGAAAUAGAGUGGAUAAAUUAAUUAAUGAGAUAGCAGUUUCUAAGCGAAUUUCUAAGCCCGGUUGUUAAUACUGGACUACUGGUAGUAACAUUCCAUAGAUUCAGAUUGGUUUACUGAUAUGUUGAACAGCACCGACGUCAGUCCAGCUAUGGUCUUGGUCACUGGAGAUACUGUUUGUGAACGGUGUUGGUUAGGAUCACAGAACCUAACAUAACUGAAAUUUAGAAGCAAUUUGGGGAUGGUUUCCUUGUUAAUGUGUAUAUGUGACAUUUCUAGAAUUGUAAUACACUUUUCAGAGAAAACUUUACUGAAGUUACUUGACAGAGUCUUAGUCUUCGCUAAAUUGUCAUUAGCCAAAGUUGUUUGGUCCUCACCAAGUAGGAGGUUGAAAACGGCGUCACUUUUCCUAGUUCUUCCCUUCGCAUACGAAAUUUCUUGUAUAAUAACCCUGUACACUCAUAACUAGCUGCAAUUUAUAUGCCAUCCUAGACUGAUAACUCAAUAUCUUACACUCAAUUCUGGUUCAACAGUAUUUUACGCAGCAGCAUAGUGGGGAUAAAAGGUUUCAUGACCUUUUCCUCUGCCAAACUAGUGUCGUAACUUGUCUAUUUGUCCAGUGAAGAGAGUUCGUUGCUUGACUAGGAAUCCUUCAUGAAACAAACUCGAAUAUAAGCACUCCACGUGCUUUUGAUGUGCUGGUGUUCGGUAAGGUAGUUUAAUUGUGAAGCGUUCAUUGUCUUUCUAGACAACAUCUUCAGCACACACUCCAUAACCUCUUCAAAAUCAUCGAUGGAAUCGGCUUCUGGAUUCUGGUCGGCGAAUCUGCUAACAAUAUCCAUCUCUGUGACUAGUGGUAUGGUAUCGUGGACAUUUGUUUUGUUUGUAGGGGCAUGAUUUUAGGUAGUACCAAGCCCCAUAAUGCCGGCAUGCUGAAAGUGGAGUCUGCAGCAGACGAUGCGGUGAUUAUUUUAUAAUGGUGAGGCGGUGCAGUUGAUAUCAACGGUACUGGAUACACCGUAUGUAUUUCUGCCGUAUUUUGGUUGCCAAACUGGACCAGAAUAGUAUCUUUGCGAAUGUUGAUUAAACACUAAUAUUUUUCACCGACGUCUUUCAAAGUUACUCCUGGAUCUUGUUUCAGUCGAAUUAAUAGGCGUGUGCGUAUGUCGUCGAAUUUGGGGGACUACAAAGCACAAAUAAAAAUCAAAACUUUGAACUGAUAUUUUGUCAUCGAUUUCAGUUUGGAACGUUCAAAGGUGUGAUUGACUAUGCCCAAAUGAGUAUGGAUAUUAUCAUUUUCGUUCAGAGUCAGUUUCAUGCAAUGAUAUUUAAUUUUGAAUAAUGAUCUGUGGUCACCAAAGUGAUUACGAAGGGUCUGAACAGUUUCAUCAAAUGAUCGAUCACUGGGCUUCUUUGGGAGGAUUAAGUUGCAAUAUGUAUCUAAGUCAUCUGCUUGCAGUUUACGAAGCAAACGUUGGACUUUCCAGGCAUCAUCUUUGUCCGCAAAGUCUACUCAAGAUAAGUAUUUUUACCUGCAAAACCAGGUAUCAAACAUCACGUUCGCAUCUGGGUCAUAAACAAAUUCUGUUAUCGUUGGCUGUAAACCAAUCGACAGGUCGUGAUAUGUGUAGACCAGCAAGAAUUUUCAUCAGUUUUAGCUGUUGUUCCACAAGUUUCUCUGAACGCCGUGGGUCCAUCUUGAGCAAACCCUCCGCCAAAAUUGUCAUGAUCGUAACUACGUCCUAGUACACUAUGUGCGAAUACUAACUUAAUGCGCUGGCUAAUCUGUCCUAAUCUCAUGUCAACAACAGCACCACCAGCAAGCAAAAAACAGAAGAGAAGACUGGAUAAGAGGUUGAUAAGAGAGCUUUUACUGUCCCAAAACAGCAGUCGAAAACGGUUGACAGAGCUUGCGUAUAUACACUUUAUAAAUGACUUCGAGAAGCACUAAUGUUAUGGAUAAAUUAAGACAGUGAACAAACAAUGGGAUUUCAAAGGUCAUAAUUGGCGUGAGAGAAAAUUUAGUAAUAAAUCAAUAAGUGGGGUGAGAGAAAUACAAACAGGCGUGUAAAAAUGACAAAUAAAAAUUAGAUCUAUAUAUCAAACUAUUGUUUGGACGAUCGAGUGGAAAGGGAGAUUACAGAAGUCAUAUCCACAUGUAAAAAACUGAAAAAUUACAGACGAAAAUACAAACAACCUAUGACACACAGGAAUUUCGAGAGUGCUUAAUAGCUUCCCGGUUGUGGGUUGAAUUAUUCAUGGUGUAAUCAGAAUAGGCUUAUAGGAGACUUUGAGUGUGUCGUGCUUACUUAUAUAUAUCGUUUAUAGACAUUGAUUGAUUAAUUACACAUAAUAAUAAUUUUUUCUUCACAUUCCCAGUGGAACAUAGGGCUUCAAGCUAGUGGCUCGAAGUUUCUAAAGCAGUGUUUAUGUUUACAGGAUGGGGUUGCUAGCCUCAUGCCCAACCUUUCCUCUUUACCAGCAUUAUAUCUGGCUCAGCGAGGUAAAGGAGUGCGUCGGCCGGGGAUCGAACCCCGGACCAUGAGCAUGGUCGGCGAGCGUACUAACCGCUGUGACACCGGUGCACGAUUAAUUACACAUACAUCAUUUGUUUGCCUUUCUCGAAGGACAAUCAGCUUUAUUACAACAGUUCUAUAGUUUACACAUGAUAAUGAUAAAACUUUAUAUGACUCUUUUCAGGUCUUCAACAAACGGUUCAUCAAA